CAGUUCUUCACGAAACAGAAUAAAACCGCCAAAAUACAUUUGAGUGUCGAAGAAGAGUUUUGUUUUAUCCAAUCAGAGACUAUAUGCUAAUUGACCCGGAACUCACGGCGGCGUCCUCUUUCAAACAGACUGUGGAAGUUGGACGCACACAUCAGAUAGGCAAAGGGUUGGGACCGGGCUGCAAGAUGUCCUGUUCCAGCAACGUGACCUGGGUCGACGCAUCAUCUGUGGGCCAAGCCCCCCGGCAACCGAUGCACAUGAUCCCCUGUGAGAUUGAGCACAACGGGCCGGCACAGGUCUCACAGUACUUUACAGCUGCUGUGAAGGACCGAAAACACGGUAGACUACAUUUUUUGAUGUCGUUUUUUCAAAAUUGUCAUUUGAUCAUUAAUUACUGCAUGUUUUUCCCCCUUUUAGAGAAGACCGUGUCGUUCAGGGGUCGAGGUCUCAAAGGACAGGAGCUGACCUGUCCACAAGGCUACACUGGACUUGUCCUCAAGGAGAUCAACACGACUGGUUCUGAUCAGGAGGACAGGACCCUGAAGGUGACUUCAGUGUUUGAUAAGCUGACUUACUGGAACCUGGAAACACCUCCUAACUCUGACGACGCUGUGGUGAUGGCGAUGGACUGGCCUGACCUUGCUGAAGCGAUUCACGGAGCAGUGGACGACUAAAGAAAGUCCUGGUUGAAGAAUAACGAGUUUGAAACACAACAUUCUUAGCUGAACAAUGUUCAAAUGAGUGAUUUUUACACAGCAAAAACAAAAUGUGUGCAGGCUUUUGUUCUGAAUAAACAAUUACUUCAC